AAGCGUAGCCAGUCUGAGCUACGGGCCGGAUCGCUCCAUGGAACGCCGCCUGCGGCAGCGACAUUGCGGCGACCUACCCGAAGACGUGCUCGCCGACGUGCUCCGCCAUCUCCCGCCGCGCUGCCUCGCGGUGUCGCGCUGCGUCAGCAAGGCCUGGUGCCGCGCCAUCGACGAGCGCCGCCUCCUGCGCCCAGACCUGCUCCCGCUCUCGCUCGCCGGCAUCUUCAUGCACUUCGACGAGCACACCUUCCCGGAGUUCUUCUCCCGUCCCUCCUCUUCCAAGAGGAUCAACGCCAAGCUCGACUUCUUGCCUCCCCUCAAGGAUCCCAAUAUGGACUACUAUGUCUCCAACCACUGUAAUGGUCUCUUAUUGACCAGCACAUGCGUGAUCAACCCUGCCACGCGACGCUGGGAUCCUUUGCCUCUGCUUAGGCCUUUCUUCGCCGAUCCCAUGGGGCUCACCCGUGUUUUCGGUUGGUAUCUAGCUUUCGAUCCCACCGUGUCGCCACACUACCAGGUGUUCAAGGUUCCCUAUUUGCCCCCGAAGCCUUAUAAGCCCGGAGAUUAUGGCUACCGAGGUCCUCAAGAUUAUGUAGAACCUUUGGUGGAGAAAUCUGAAUGGCCGCCGGCUCCAUGCAUCAUGAAUGUCUUCUCGUCAAGGUCGGGCCACUGGGAGGAGAGGUCUUUUGCCAGAGAAGGUAAUGCUGCAGGGAUUGUUGCUGAGGUGCGACAAAGGUGGCUCUUUGGUGCCGUCUACUGGCGACAAGCACUUUACGUGCACUGCCAAAAUAAUUUUUUCAUGAGGAUAUCCUUGUCUGAGGAUAAGUACUGUGUGAUUAAACCACCGAUGGAUAUGGAUAUCAGGGUGUAUUCUUAUCUAGGAAAAUCCAAAAAGGGGGUAUACAUUGCAUCAUUCAUUAAGGAUGUCUUUCGAGUUUGGAUCCUAAAUGAAUCGUAUGAUCAGACAAAGUGGGUGUUGAAGGGUGAAUAUGAUCUUAAGCGUGUGCAAGCGUUUGAUAAGGAUGUUCAUGGUCCCUGGGUCUUAGAAGACAUCAACUAUGAUUUAUUUGGUUCUCGGCUUCCAAAAUCCAACAAGAAAGUAAUAGUUGAACAGUUUGAGUGGAACUCAGAUAACGAUGAUGAUGCUGAUGACAAGAGUGAGGUUGUCGGAGAAAACAACUAUGGAACACUUCGUUCACAACUUCCGGAAGUCAACAAGAAAGCAAUUGUCCAAGGGAGAAUUGAGCGUGAUAACGAUGAUAGUGAUCUUCUUGAUGAUAACGGAGACGUGGUUGGAGAGCGUCACAAUGCAUGCAACGUACUCGGAUUUCACCCCUACAAAGAGAUUCUCUUCUUAAGCAGCUUCAAGGAAAGGGAGUGGAAGGCUACAGUGCAUGCAUAUCAUUUGAAUAGCUCACGGGUGGAAUGCUUAGGGAACAUCUGCCCAACGCAAUACCAGCAAAUGGAAGACCAAUUACAGGAGGAACUAGGGGUACAAGGAUAUUUUCCAUACACGCCAUGCUGGACCGGUGACUAUCCUAGAAACAAAUAAAGCAUCUAGCGGUACACUACUAUUGUUAUUUAGUAGGUUGCUUUGGUUAUGUUUACUUCCUAGAGAUAAAUUGAUCGUUAUUGUUAUGCCGUUAGCUAGCGGUACACUACUAUUAUUACGAAAUAGCUAGAUUCUCGUGUGAAUCA